AUGGCGCCGUGUGGGGCGGCGGGGGCCGCGGGCGGGGGGUCUGGGCGAGCGGCGGGGGCUGGGGCUGGCCCAGGCCCGGGCAAGGGGUCGGGCCGGGCGGGGGUCUGUGCGGUCCUGGUGCUGGCGGUGCUCGGCUGGCUGCAGGCGGCCCGCGGCGCCGGGAGCCCCCACGCUGCAGCAGAGCCCGCGCUCCAGCCCUACUCCCCGGGCCCGCACGGCCCCCGGCACGGCCACCGGCACGUCCGGGACUGCCAGCCCCGCAGGUACGGCAAUGUCACACACGAGACCUGGCCCGGCGACGCCAGCACGGCCGGCCCGGUGGCCGCCACCAGGACGUUCGUCUCGUACUUCCCCCCCGAGGGCAGCGACCGCAAGGUGCUCUACGGGCACUUCACGUUCGUGAGGAACCCCCUGCGGACCCUGUCGGUGCUGGAGCCGGGCGGCGCCGGCGGCUGCCGGGAGCACCGCAGAGCCACCGUGCAGGAGACAGCCCGGCUCGGGAGCUGUCUGGUGGCCCAGAACGGCGGGUACUUCAACAUGGACACCGGAGAGUGCCUGGGCAACGUUGUGAGCGAUGGGAAGCUGGUGUUGAACUCUGGAGGGAUACAGAACGCUCAGUUUGGCAUCCGGAAGGAUGGCACCAUGGUGUUCGGUUACCUGUCUGAGGAGGAUGUCUUGGAUCAAACAAACCCUUUUGUGCAGCUUGUGAGUGGGGUGGUUUGGCUCCUCAGAGAUGGAGAAGUUUACGUCAAUGAGAGCCGGAUGGCUGAGUGUGGGGACACUCAAACCACAGGGACCUUCGACAAGUUCAUCGACGUGAUCUCGGCCAGGACUGCGGUGGGACACGACCGCCAGGGCCGGCUGGUCCUGGUCCACGUGGAUGGACAGACGGAAUCCAGGGGGGUCAACCUGUGGGAAAUGGCAGAAUUCCUGAAGCAGCAGGGAGUCGUCAAUGCCAUCAACCUGGAUGGUGGAGGCUCUGCCACGCUGGUCUUAAACGGGACCCUCGCCAACUACCCCUCUGAGCACUGCUCGUUCGACAACACGUGGCGCUGCCCCCGGCGUGUCUCCACUGUGGUGUGCGUGCACGAGCCGGGCUGCGACCCCCCCGACUGCAGCGGGCACGGGCUGUGCCAGGCCGGCCUCUGCCGCUGCUCCGGGCCCUUCUGGACAGGCCCUGCCUGUGACAGCCUGGACUGUGGCCCUGCCAACUGCAGCCUGCACGGCCUCUGCACCGCCUCUGGAUGCCUGUGUGAUGCUGGCUGGACUGGCAGCAACUGCACAGAAGCUUGUGCUCCUGGUCUCUAUGGGGAAUCUUGCAGCCAGAAGUGCCAGUGCCAGCACGGUGGCUCCUGUGACCCUGUGAAUGGAACCUGUUCCUGCCCCCCUGGCUUCUAUGGCACCAGCUGUGAGCAUGAGUGUCCCCUGGGCUGGUUUGGGCCCGACUGCCAGAGCCAGUGUGAGUGUGAGCACUCCUGUCCCUGCGACCGCCAGAGCGGCAGCUGCAACACCACCCACGACGGGGCCCUGCAGGAGCAGCUGCACAGAGCUGGACAGUGUUUGGCUUCCCAGAAUAAGGAGAGGAGCACAGGAAGAUUCUCUCUGUCAGAGAGCACGUGGCUAUCCCUGAGCUGCGGGCUGGCCCUGCUGCUGGUGCUCAGUGCCCUGGGCAACGUGGGGCUGGUGCUGAGGGCGCGGUCGGAGCGGCAGGGCGGGGACUAUCGGUACCACCCCCUGAGGGACAUCAACGGCACGGCCACCCACACCCCCAGCGCCGCCGCAUGGGAGCCAGAGGACACUCAGGACUCACUUUAGAGUGCCCGAUGGGAAGAGAGGAGGUUUUCCACUGUGUCCCCUGCACAGCCCCUCAGCACUGGCCGGGACAGUCACUGUGCCUGAGGUACCUCAGCCCAGAACUCCCCUCGCUCAGUCCCGGCUCCCUCUGCUGCUCCAGCCCCAGCACCCAGGGCUGUGUCCCCUGGGACGUGAUGGGAUGCAGGGCACCGGGAAAGGGACUUUCACAGCGGCAGCAGGGAAGGAAAAGGGCUGGUUCCUUCGAAAUCUGGAGGGAACCAGGUGAGCAGUGCCAGCCACAGGCACCUCAGGAGGGUCCCUGCCCACCUGGGCAGUGCUGAGUGUUUUUGAGGCUCAAGGUGAACUGCCUCCAGCACAGAGCUGGGUUAAGGAAGCUGCUGCCUAAGGGUGUUAUAGUCCAUGUCUGCCCUUCCCUGGGGAGCUCAGAUUUUAAUCAGAAAAGUGACAGAACGUUUUAAAAUGUUGAAGCAGAUGCAGCACUGAGUGAAACCAGAGCCCUCCUCCU